UGAUCCUCGGAAGGCGUCUCUCCAUGGUGGUUGGCCGCGUCGAGGUCAAGGGAUUGGUCGGUGGCAUAUAUUCCACAUAUCUACGACGUGGUGAUCCCGAGCCCACUCAGGAACCGAUGUGCUCAGAUUUUUCGAAGCACUCGAGUUAGGAUUGGACAACAUGGUGAUGGCAGUAACCGGCAUCGCCAAAGUGGCGAGCAUCUGGGCUGGGGGGCUUCUCCUCGGUCUCGGCAUCCCGUACCUUCCGCAUCUAUUGUCCCCGCGUCUUACAUCCCUCAUCGACGACUUCCUUGUCCCGGACUCACCCUUCGCCUUCCCGUUCCUCAAGAACCACACGUCAAACACGACGAUUCUGGCCAACGCCUCCUUCGUUUGUGAUGCAUCGCACGCCUACCGGACCGAACUGGUCUCGCUGGAACCGUUGAUCAUCUACAUCCACGACCUCGUCACACCGACUGAGAUCGCUUCUCUGCUGGACAUGGCCGAGCCGAGGUUCGCGCCGUCCCAAGUGACCAAGCAAGGCAGGCAACAACAGACGCCGGACCGCACCUCGAGCUCGGCAGGGUUGCCUCGCGACGACCCGGCCGUCAUGUGCGUGCUCAACCGGACAAGACGCUUCCUGGGCACAAUGAUGCGCGACGGAUGGGACGAGAUGGGGCCCCCACAGCUGGUGCGUUACACCUCCGGACAAAAGUUCAACAUGCACCACGACUGGUUCGAGAACCCGCAAUGGGCGCCGGACGGCAGCAUACGAAAGUGGAACCGCGUGGCCAGCUUCUUCGCCAUCCUGCAGGAUAACUGCACCGGCGGCGAGACAUACUUCCCCUACGCCAAGCCGAUUGUGCCCGCAGGUCCCCGGGGACAGGCCAUGUGGCAGGGCCAUGAGACCCGGAGGCAGUCAGAUGGAAAGGAGAUGAACCCCCUGUGGAGAGAGCACGAGGAGGGAGGGCUCGCCUUCAGGCCGGUUGCGGGAAACGCCAUCUUCUGGGUCAACCUGCAUGGGAAUGACACCGGAGACGUGCGGACAAACCAUGCCGGUCUUCCGCUGGAGCAAGGAUUGAAAACGGCCAUGAAUAUCUGGCCAAGACGCUAUUAUCCCUAUGAAUAAAGGCACUGGUAGUAGCCGCAAAUAUCAUCGCGAUAUCUAA